AUGCCAAGCGAUUUCGGCAAGGGGAAUGAGAUCACUCAACUCAACGUCAACCCUCACAACAAUGUGUCUGAAUGGUUGACUACUGUCAAUAGUGGACGCCACUCGGCUGUUGGAAAUUGCCAGAUGGAGCUGUCAGUCCCACGUGCUUUGUUUGGCAGGUCGCGACUGGCAUUCGGAGUGUGGAGCGUGUUUCUGCUCGGCUGGGCAGUAGUGGCAUGGCACAAUGCCUUUAUAUUCACGAGUCUGCUCGACACUUGGUCUUUGCUACCUGAGUCUCUGUCCAACAUGCGCGGUCUCACUUUGCUUGCUGCAGCCAGCCCGGUGCUGGCUCUGACACCUGCGGACACCUUUUACCCUCCAACCCUCAAUGAUACUGCAUACAUCAGCAACAGUACUAUUGGGACGUAUGGCGGUAUCUACACAGCUUCGACCAAUGGUCCGGCUACUGCAGAUCCCUACGGCACUUAUGAUUAUUGCUCCAUGCCGCAUCCUCGUUCGGAGGAAUAUGCUCUGCCUGCAGCUUUAAGCAAGGGGUCCACCAAAGGAAAGCUUGUUUAUUUGGAGUAUCUGCAGCGUCACCAGAGACGCUCUCCAUACAACAUUCUGCCCGGGGGAGAAAAUCAAGCCUAUGAAUGCGAUAAUGUACGCCCGUAUCUCUACGGUGGUCCUAACAGCGCAAGCGGCAUCCAACCCGUACCAAUGUAUGCGCAGACAUACGAAGACCCCUCCAACCCCUUCACGCCUGGCGUGAACGGAACAUGCCAGUACCCCCAGAUCACUAUCGGUGGUAUUCAAGACGGAUACCAGCAUGGCAAGGAUCUGUGGGCCGUCUAUGGCAAGAAGCUCGGUCUGAUUCCCAAGAAACCUAACAACCGAGUCUGGUUCCGAUCAAGUGACUCGGCUCUCACGCAGGCUUCGGCUGGUGCGGUCUUGCGGGGUGUGUGGCCCGAGUACACAGGUGCCCUGCCACUGCAUCAGAUGGUUACUUCCGUUGACACUGUCAAUGAGGGUUAUUCCUGCUCGGGUAUUAGCUCCACGCUUUCUUCCCUGCAAUCUACUUCGCAGUGGAAAGAGCAUCUGACUGUCACUGCAGAGUUGCGUUCCACGCUUGGGUCUAUGCUCGGCGCGACAAGUAGUUCGUGGCAGAAUACUUUUGAUCAUUUCUCGGAUAACUUCCAGGCUCGGCUUUGUAAUGGCUAUGAGCUUCCAUGCAGUGUUUCGAACUCGUCUGCUUGUGUGACAGAGGAGAUGGUCGAGGAGGUUUUCCGUGCCGGUGACUGGGAGUGGAAUUACUACUGGCGCACGAAUCCGGAUGUGGUCAAGUACAUCCAGGUUGUUGAGGGUCUGUUCAUUGGUGAAAUUGUUUCUCGUCUGCAGGCUGUUCAGGACGGAAAGUCUUCUCUUGACUACAGUCAUAUCUUCAUCCAUGAUGGUGACAUUGGUCCUAUUCUGGGCUCCCUUGGAAUCGAGGCUCUACGCUGGCCUGCGAUGGCAUCUAACAUUGCUUUCGAGGUUUGGGAAACUGAUAGAAAGACUCUCUAUGCCCGAGUCUUGUACAGUGGACAACCUGUUAGAAGCAUUCAUGGUAUUCUUGACUGGGUUCCUCUUUCGGAUCUCAUUGGUAUUCUGACACCAUAUGUUCCGGAGGACAUUGUUUCUCUCUGUGGAUGA